CAUCGGAUGACGCGCUCUUUCGUUAAUCGGACACUCCGGUCAUCCCAAACCAAUUCAAUUUAAAUCAUAAUCACCGUCCAACCAACGAUUUAGAGUUAUUCAUUUUUAUUUUUUUAUUUCGUUGAGAUACUGGAAUUUUUUUCUUCCUGAAACGUCACCGCGUACGUAAAAAAAUUAUUUUUAUAAACCAAUUAUAAUCGCCCGCUAUCAUAAUCACGCGUUGUUUAUGUUCAUAGUUUUUGUAUUUCGAUUCGUCUGUUCACGAAGCCGCCGUCGCCGUCAUUGUAUUCACCGUCGAGUAUAAUAUACCUAAAUAAAUUUCAAUAAAAGUCACGAUCAUUUGGCCAAGUCGUACACUGCAUUCACACCAGUACCGCCGUAGCCAUCACUGUUGCAGACCCAUCGUCACUACCGCGUGCCUGCACCCUUGCGGAGCAGCGUCGACGUUUUGCGACCCGGCGUUCAGUAACGGGCACCGCGAUUGAUCUGAAAGGUGUGGCGGGUGGUGAUCCGCACCACCCGCACAAUAUUUUCCCCGCUCUGUUCUCGAGACAGUUGAACUUCAACAACGGGUCACACCAUCACGGUGGUACGGCACACUCGUCUUCGGGCAAACUCAUGAUGGACGAUUUGCGACCAGGUCUUGGAGGCAUAUUGGGCUUGAUGGACCACGAUCACCAUCAUCAUCACCUUCACCAUCACCACCCGACUGCGGUGCAUGCGGACAAACAACGGGCCUCAAAGGGGGCCAGCGACUCGUCCAAUGAACUCGGCUCGUUGUACGGACUGCCAGUGAACGCGGCCGGCGACUCGUCUCAUCACAAUACACCGUCCCCUGGACGAGGAUCGUUAGCUGAACAGACUACAUCCGAAGGAGCGUUUAAAAAAUUGAAAACGGAACCUUUAACAUCUGUAGGUAGCAUAAGUGCAAGUCAUUCUGGUCACACGCCUACUACAGCUACGUGCCCGACUCCAGCGAGACGAAGACACCGUACGACUUUUACCCAGGAACAACUGGCAGAGCUAGAAGCUGCUUUUGCAAAGUCUCAUUACCCCGAUAUCUAUUGUAGGGAGGAAUUAGCAAGAAGUACAAAACUCAAUGAAGCUAGAAUACAGGUAUGGUUUCAAAACCGAAGGGCCAAGUACAGAAAACAGGAAAAGCAAUUGCAAAAGGCUUUGGCCCCGCCCUCCAUGCUUCCCGGAUGUAACGGGGCCGCCAUGAUGAGAAACAUCUACCCUUCAGCUUCCAGAACGUACCAAGCUUACCCGCACCCGAAUAGCAUGAACAGAUACCAUCCACAGAUGUCAUCCAGUUCGUACAUGUCUACAGCCGUGAUGAGCCAACCGUUCACAGUCACUAGCCAUCAUUCUAAUCCAACUGCUUCUUCUAAUCAGUCUUCUAUUACGACACCUGCAGGAAUGAUGCCAGAAGAAGAAUGGUACAAUAAAAGUUUAUCGGCAUUGCGGAUGAACUCCGGACACCAUCCAAAUCUCACCACACCAAUGUUACAAUAUCAAACAUAGAGUUGCUGUGAUAAUACUAUAGAUACAUAAUAUGAUAAUAUUAUGAUUAUAUGCUAAUUGAAUUAUUUUAAAUAAUUAUUAUAUUACGGGCUGAAUCGUUCAUGUUUUAAAAACCACGCGCCACUUUUUCGUGUACUUAUAACCUCAAUAGAAUAAUAUUCAAAGUCUUGAAACUCUUUUUGCUGAUUUGUGUACAAAAAUACCAUAGAACUCACUUCAAUCUAUUUAUAAGUUAUUUAUAACAACGGUUGUACCUAUGUAAAUAUAUAAUAUAUAUUUUUCGUUUGGUUUGUUUUUUAUCACUUUGGAAAUUCUUUAAGAUUU